CGCCGUCGCCGCUGUUGCCGCCGCCGCCGGCCGGGCCCUUCCUGCGCCGCCCUGCCCUGCGCGGCGGGGAGCGACGUGUCGCCUUGGAGCGCCGCGCUAGGCCCGGGGCCGCAGGUCUCCCUCACGCCACCCCCAAGCUCUGGGACCACCGGGCAGUUUUCCAUAGGAUGCGACGGGGAGAGAUAUGACGACGGCCUCCCCGAGAUCCUGCCGGCGUGUUCUCGCUAAGGUGCGGCCGGCUCCUCGUCAGGCACGGCUGUUGUAAGCGCUUUUAUCAAGUGGUGAUUUUAUGCAAUGGCAUCAAGCCACAGUUCUUCACCAGUGCCUCAGUCAAACAGCAGUGAUGCUUUCUUUAAAAAGGAAACGGAUGCCACGAAACGCUUUCGACCUGUGCAGUCACUGCCUGAUGUGUGUCCCAAGGAACCUACAGGCGAUCCCCAUAAUUUAUGUGACAGCCCAUCUCUAGUUGCGGAUCAGCAUAGAUGGACUAUUUAUCAUUCCAAAGUCAAUCUCCCAGCAGCACUAAAUGAUCCUAGGUUAGCAAAAAGGGAAUCUGAUUUCUUUACAAAAACAUGGGGAGUGGACUUUGUGGACACUGAAGUCACGCCUUCAUUCUACCUCCCACAGAUCACCAAGGAACAUUUUGCAUUAUACCAACAGGAAAUCGCUCUGAGAGAGAAAGUUCAUGAAAGAUGCAAAAACAUUUCUACUCCUCAAGAUACCUUCGACGGGACUCUAUUACACACCCACGAUAAAUCCAGGACAGAUCUGGAACAAGUACCUAAGAUUUUUAUGAAACCAGAUUUUGCAUUGGAAGAUUCCUUAACCUUUAAUGCCGUUUUACCAUGGUCUCAUUUUAGUACUGCUGGUGGGAAAGGAAAUCGUGAUGCAGCUUCCUCCAAGUUACUUCAAGAAAAGCUGAGCCAUUAUCUGGACAUUGUGGAAGUCAAUAUUGCACAUCAGAUUUCUCUGCGCUCAGAAGCAUUUUUUCAUGCAAUGACCUCUCAGCAUGAGUUGCAGGACUACCUCAGGAAAACCUCCCAGGCUGUAAAAUUACUUAGAGAGAAAAUCGCCCAGAUUGACAAAGUAAUGUGUGAAGGAUCACUUCGAGUUUUAAGACUGUCACUCACCAGAAAUAACUGUAUAAAAGUAUACAAUAAACUGAAGUUAAUGGCUACUGUACACCAAACACAGCCCACGGUACAGUUGCUGCUAUCCACUUCUGAGUUUGUUGGAGCUUUGGACUUAAUAGCAACCACACAGGAGGUGUUACAGCAGGAGCUUCAAGGCAUUCACAGUUUCCGGCACCUUGGCUCACAGCUUUGUGAACUGGAAAAGCUGAUAGAUAAAAUGAUGAUUGCAGAGUUUUCGACGUAUGCGCGCAAUGAUUUAAAUAGACCCCUAGAAGAUGAUUGCCAAAUUCUAGAAGAGGAGAGACUUGUAUCACUGGUAUUUGGACUUCUAAAACAAAGAAAGCUGAAUUUUUAUGAAAUAUAUGGAGAUGAAAUGAUUAUUACUGCAAAGAACAUAAUUAAACAGUGUGUGGUUAAUACGGUAUCGCAGAUAGAAGAAAUAGAUACAGAAGUGGUUGUUAAGCUUGCAGACCAAAUGAGGAUGAUGAAUUUUCCUCAGUGGUUUGAUUUACUGAAGGAUAUUUUUUCCAAGUUUACCAUCUUCCUCAAGAGAAUAAAGGCAACAUUAAAUACUAUCCGUAGCGUGGUUUUCUUGGUUCUAGACAAGAACCAAAAAAACAGAGACCUGGAGGACACCUUACAAAAGAACUCUAAGGAUAGUACGGUAGACACAGAAGUGGCUUACCUGACUCAUGAAGGCAUGUUCAUAAGCGAUGCAUUCAGCGAAGGGGACCUUCCACCUGUAGCAGCUGACACUACCUCUCAAAGAAACACUUCUCCAAACAGUGAGCCGUGUAGCAGCGAUUCGGUUUCUGAACCAGAGUGCACUACUGAUUCCUCAUCCAGCAAAGAGCAAACCUCGUCCUCAGUUACUCCAGGGGCAGUCGAGAUGAUGAUCAGUGAUGACAUGAAGCUGACUGACCUGGAGCUGGUCAGGCUGGCGAACAAUAUUCAAGAGUUACUUUAUAAUGCCUCUGAUAUCUGCCAUGAUCGUUCAGUCAAGUUCCUCAUGGCAAGAGCAAAGGAUGGCUUCCUAGAGAAGCUGAAUUCCAGUGAGUUUGUUACUCUUUCUCGCUUGAUGGAAGGCUUUAUCUUAGAAACUGAGCAGAUCUGCGGCAGGAAAAGUAUGUCCUUGCGAGGAGCACUGCAGAGUCAAGCCAAUAGAUUUGUGAACAGAUUCCAUGAGGAGAGGAAGACAAAGCUAAGCCUGCUUUUGGACAAUGAGCGCUGGAAGCAAGCUGAAGUUCCUGCCGAGUUUCAGGAUCUUGUUGAUUCAGUGUCAGAUGGCAGAAUAUCUCUUCCUGAAAAAAAGCCAGCAGCUACUGAAGAAAGAAAGCCAGCUGAAUUCCUUAUUGUUGAAGGACAAAAAUAUGCAACAGUUGGGACAGUAUUGCUAUUAAUAAGAAUAAUCCUUGAGUACUGCCAGUGUGUGGAUAACAUUCCGUCCAUCACCACUGACAUGCUUACCCGCCUGUCAGAUUUACUGAAGUAUUUCAACUCUAGAAGUUGCCAACUAGUGCUUGGGGCUGGUGCGUUACAAGUUGUUGGGUUGAAAACAAUCACUACAAAAAACCUAGCCCUUUCUUCACGUUGCCUACAGCUAAUCGUACACUACAUUCCUAUUAUCAGGGCUCAUUUUGAAGCUCGUCUGCAGCCGAAGCAGUAUAGCAUGCUCAGGCAUUUUGACCACAUUACAAAGGAUUAUCACGACCACGUAGCUGAGAUUUCAGCAAAGCUCGUUGCCAUAAUGGAUAGCUUAUUUGACAAACUGUUAUCCAAGUAUGAAGUGAAAGCCCCUGUUCCUUCAGCAUGCUUCAGGAAUAUCUGCAAGCAAAUGGCAAAGAUGCAUGAAGCUAUAUAUGAUCUCCUUCCCGAGGAGCAAACUCAGAUGUUGUUUUUACGCAUCAACGCAAGCUACAAACUUCACCUGAAGAGGCAGCUGGCCCACCUCAAUGUGGUCAAUGAUGGAGGACCUCUGAACGGACUGGUUACUUCAGAUGUAGCUUUUUACACUGGAAACCUUCAAGCCCUGAAAGGCCUUAACAACUUAGACCUAAACAUGGCUGAAAUUUGGGAGCAGAAGAGGUGAUAAUCCACUGGGAGCAGUCACUUGGCGCUGACAACAGACUGACUUUCUUCUAAGCAGCCUGACGACUGUGAGGUGAAUACUUAAGACCAGAGUCCAAGAAAGGACACUAUUGAUAGUCGGGGAAACUUAGCCACAGAGCGAGCUGCAGGGAGUGAUCUUUCCAGUGUCCUUCAGCAAGAAACAAGUGAUCAGCUGUCUGUGCAAUGUUUUUUCAUUCUCUCUGGAAACAGACUCAGGUUUCUUUGGACCAAAUCCAAAAGAACACAUAGCUGUAACACAGCUGUAGUUGUCUAGAAUGCUCUGUAUAUCUUUAUAUUAAAAAGAUGCUUUGCAUUUCUUCUAGUGCAAUGAAAUUCACAGUGUCCCACCUUAUUUAAUGAUGGUACAAGAUGAAAAUCCUGCAGUUGGAACUCUGUAGAAAAAUGUUUUUCUCUAUGAAAACUAUGCUGUUUAAAAUUUAUUUUUUUACAGAACUUUAUAUAAAUAAAUGUCUUUUGAUUGCUUGCAUAUAGGAUUCAGAUUUGUUAGGGAGCAGCCCUGUUUCAGGGGGGUUCUCACAGCUGGGCUCCAAACUGCCACCUGAAGAUAAGGACUCUAACAGGCAGUUGGCUGAAGCCAUCAUCAAAGAAGUAGCGAGGACAGAACAGGUAGUAAAAGGGGUAGGGAUGGCUUCCUGCCCUUGGCAUGGUCACUGCCAAGAGGGGAAGGACAUGGAGUGUGCUUCAGGGCUUUGCUUAUUGCUCUGCAGUGCUAUAGACACAAAGUGAUGGGUAUAACAUCCGAAGAGGACACAGAAAACAGGGCAGGAAGGAUCUUAAAGUUUUUAGGCUGCUUAUACAAGGUUGCACCACUGAGGAAGGUGCAACUGAGAUUAAUUUAUUGAAGAGUUUUUAACACUACCUUUUAAGACUGGACGCUGCCAGUACUAAGGAAAAGUGCCUGUGUAUCUCACCUCACACCUCUCUCCCGACCCCUAGUCCGAGUGCCUAACCCUGUGCUGCUGAUGUACGAUGGAAUGGUCUACAGUGUGUGUGUGUAUGUGUGCGCCUCGGGUUCUCCAGCCAGGCAUGCUUCUCUGUUAGCAGAACAGAUGUCAUUAAUUGUCGGUUAAAAUAAAGCUCUAAAAUCACA